GACCAAUGUGGUGCUAUCCAGUAAGGAUAAAAGACAUGGCGACAUAGUGUUAGAGAUAGUGGGCUAUUAUGCCACCAACCAUGUUGGUGCUAUCUGUGAUCACGUUGUAUUUAGUUGCAAUAGUAGUUUCAGAUCCAUUAGAUGAAUUUCGUCUCAUGCAUCAAGGUGAAAUCGCAUAUGAUGAAAAUAAAUUCUUAAUGCAAAUAGUUCCAUCGGGAUUUUCGCCCCAUGCCCACGAAUCAAAAAAAGUUGACGAAGUCCUGAAUACUAAUAAUACAUAUUAUAAAAACUUCUACAAAUAUGUAAAGAACGGGAUUACCGCGAAAGGUCGAACUUUUACUGUUUAUGACGAUGACAUGAGGAAAGCUGCCAUAGCAUUAUUCCGUCUUUUUCAACAAGUUGAACAAGACGACUAUGAAAAAAUUUACGACUGGUCAGUUUUAAACAUAAAUAACGAUAUACUGAGGUAUGCGGAAAAAUUGAACUAUUUAUACAGCUAUAAGUUGAACAGAAAUAAAAUAUCUCUAAAUCCAUGUUACAUUGAAAAACCUAAUUAUUUCAUUAAUUCGGAAACUAUUAUAAAAGCAAUGAAACUCCGAUUAGUCAUGAGCAAUCGCAACGUUCUGCCCCCUGAAGCUGCCGAGCAUCAGUAUUAUCAAGAUCAUGGUUUCAUAUCAAUUAAUACAAAUUAUUCUGGUUGGAAUCUGGUCUACAACGGAGAUGAUCAAGGAAUCAAUUAUUUUCGGGAGGACAUUUCACUUAAUUGUUAUUAUAUGGGCGUGCAUUUGCUACAUCCUUUUUGGAUGUCUAACGAUGAAUUGGAUCUGUUAAACCUAAGACAUGCGGAACAUUUCUUUAAUACACACCAACAGUUAGUGGCUCGUUAUAAUCUGGAAAAACAGCAUCUACUGCACAUGAAUCAUAGCUAUCCUAACGAAACUGAGUAUGACCCAUCUUUGAUAUACGACAAUGGAUUACGGUUUCCAAUUAGAUAUAUAAAUUAUGAACUGGAUUGGACAGACGAAAGAGCUGAAGCGGAGGGUGUGUGGAUAAACAUACGUAAGUGUAUUGAAAGAGGAUUUAUUGUUAUGGAUGGCAUCACAUUAAAUAUGAAUAAUGACGAUCACGUGAGCAUAAUGGCUAAAUUAAUCAAGUCAAACCUUGAUAAUGCAAGAAUGGCGAAAAUCUUAAGAGAAAUAUUUGGUAAUAUGCGCAACAGACAUCCUAUUGACGAGUAAUUAUCUUUGGCUUAUUUAAAAUUAUUAUCGUGAUUAUGACCGAGAUCUUGGAGGACCUGAGUAAAGUGAGAUCAAUAAGGCUUCUGUCCGAGUGGGCCUUAGUAUGAACAUGGACAAAACGAAACUUAUUUUGAAUGUCCAUGUAGUGCCCAAUUCAGUUAUGUUUGAAAGCUUUACGCUCUAAGCAGUAGACAAAUGUGUCUAACUUGGACAAUUUGUCCAAUUUCGAGAAAGAGGUCAAUCGUCGAAUCCAAUUAGGCUGGGUAGCGUUCGGAAAGCUGCGCAAAAUCUUCUUUUCCAAAAAACCUGAGACAAAACUCUUCGACCAAUGUGUGUUUCAAGUGAUUAUAACUAUAUACGGCAAUGAAACAUGGUCGCGGUCAAUGGAUAUUAUCAGAAGUCUCAAAGUCACUCAAAGAAGGUAGCGGGUAGGCCUCCUACGAUUUGUGCUGACGACCUGCUAAAAGUGUAAGUGUAUAAAAGGAUGCAGGACCCGUUUAGUGUUGCGAUCCUUUGGAGAGGUCUACGUUCAGCAGUGGAUCUCUGUGAGCUGAUAAAAAAGCUAGAUACUUUUAAUUAAAAGCACAAUUGUGCGGUAUUGGCACGUGAGCAAUUCAAAAUGUAGAAUGACUUAGUUUUGUUCAUGGAGCUUAGAAAUUUUCUUAUAGUACAUCGGUGCUGUGAAUUUUUUUUAUUUUUUAUUUCAGAUACAACCCCGCACCUUCCGUAUUUUAUCACCCUGAAACAUCACUAAGAGACCCUACCUUUUGGAAGAUGAUAGAGUAUUAUUUGAACGUAAUGAAGUAUUUUCGACAUUUCAUGGAUCCGUUCUUAAUGGAAGAGUAUACAACAGAAGAUUUUAAUAUUACUGGUGCCAAUUUUACUAAAAUGGAAACUUUUUUUGAAUACUAUCGUAUACCGCUGAACAAAAUUUUGUCUGCUGAAACUGGUUACAUAUCAAGAAAAUGGCCGAUGUUCGCAAGACUAAGACGAAUAAAUCAUUCACCUUUAACAUUAAAUUUUACCGUUGACUCCAAAAUUGACAAAAAUGUCAUAGUACGACUCUUUUUGGGACCCAACUGUAGCUUCAACAACUGUUGGGAACGUUUUGAGGAGUUUUACGAAUUGGAUAUUUUUAACUUCACUCUACAUACAGGACUUAACGUAAUCAGUUGGAAUCCACAUAAAUCAAAAAAAUAUUCAUAUUUUAAAGACGAUAUUUCACAGCAUUACUUCCAUAACUACGACUAUAAAAAAUCUGCACGUAAAGGUACAAAAUUCAAUUUGUUUAAAUUUCCCGGCAACUUGGCAAUACCUCGAGGACUUGAAUCUGGUCUAAACUUUAAGUUGGCUAUUAUAAUUACCCCUUCAGAAAAUUCUUCAGUAAUGGAUCAUGCACCAGAAGUAAAUUAUUAUAAACAAGUCUCUUAUGAGUACGAUACAAAACCUUUAGGUUUUCCUUUUCAUAGAAAUUCGGGUUUUCAAAAUUCGUUGGCAUCUAACUAUAGGCUUUUUGAUAUCAAAAUUUACCACAGAAAGAGUGACGUUGAUGAAUCAGGCUAUUUUUCUUCAAAUCUGUAUUAAUAUUCUUUUGGUUUUUGAGUUUGUAGUUUUGUUAAAAAAAAAGUAUAUUUAUGUACUUUGAUAUCAACUAAGCGCUCAAGGAUUUUUGUAAUAUAAGUUAACAUAAAAAAUGAAUGAAAUAAAAAUACAUAAUUAUAAUUUUA